AAGGGAAAAGCCAGUGAUUCAAGCACACCAAGUCCGAUACUCCUCUUGCAAGGGCAGAGAAAUUAUCAGUCGCAGAAACAUGCACUUACAGCUACAUCUUCAGCCAUGGCGAUGCAUCAGAACCUUGACAAGGGCAAUGUUCACUCUACCAUCAGCAUUCAUGGAUGCACCCAGGGUUUUGAGACAUCAUUCACUAAUGUUAAUUUGCAUGAAGGCCACCUCACGCAGACAGCUACAAAUAAGCAAAUAACUGACCAGAGCUUUAACAACAGAACUCAUGUGAUGCUCCAUGCUGCUGGAAGUGGGGAUUCACAAAGCAAGACACAAGGUGUUCUACAGGAAGAAUCUCAAACAAAGGAUAUAGAUACAUUGCCACAGUUGAACCAACAAAAUAACCACACAAACCUACAGCUAUCUCUUACAAGUCGCCUCGCUCAGACUUCUCCUACACAACAACUAGGUCUCUCCAUAGAGCCAUGCAGUCUCACACUUCCCAUUCCCCACUCUAAUCCCCAGCCAGAUCCUCACCAGUUUGUUUUACAUCCUUCACCUACCCGCCCUCUCCAAUCGCCAUCCCCCAGAUCCUCACCAAAGAGGUCGGCACCCCCCCUUGAGCCUCUCGCCCCACCCCUAGCUAAGAGAUCUGUGGCGGGGAAAGCUAAAAAGAUAGCUGAUAGAACUCCCUAUGCACAACAACCCCAUCUCGAUGGAGGCUCUUCACUACUCCAGUGCGCCAUCGACACUCCGCCAAUGUUCACUUCCAAUAUAGCUUCCAACCCCAUCUCCAUUGUCACACCUCCUGCACCUAUCACUGCUCAUGCUGGCAGUGGAGAUGGAAUACUUGGGUCCGGACCCGCCAUCGGAGAAAUUACAGAGUCAGGAUUUAGUGCCCCCAAAUCCAAUCUUUCAGAUGCAAGGGGCAGGCCUCGACGUCGACCUUCGGGAUGGGAUAUUCCAAAGGAUGCUGCAGCUGGAGCUGGCAACAGAGCUCUUGGGGUUACUCACCAUAAACCCGGUGCUUCAACCUGGUGCCGUAUUGCUCAAUCCGAUGAGUUGGCUGUGGUCGGUGCUCAUGGAAGAGGUGGUGCCUUGAAUCUGGGGGCAUUGGGAAUCAUCGGCAAUUCUUUAAGUUGCCCAUCACCAGUUCUCAGCAGUGCAUCAGCUGGAUAUGAUCAUGACCCGUGGCCACUUCACUCGCCGGCGCCAUCUCUCUCUCCGGCUUCACAGGGCUCUCGCGAUGGAGAUUUCUCGCCUCCUCCAUUGGCUCACGAGCACAAUGUGGAUAUGAAUGCUCGUCAUGGAUAUAAUAAAGAAGGAGGUCAGGUAGAUGUUCAAGGCGGAGUUCAACUGGGCUCCAAUCGUGAUGAUGGUUCACAGGCUCUGGCUUCUGACCUUAGGGGAGGAAGCAUGGACAUGGAUCUCGAGGCAGCGGCGCCAGCCUUCAAGGCGCCACGGGCGCCAUGAGGGCCCUGGGUUGGAACUGCCAAGGGAUGGGCAGGACCCUUGGUAGUAGCAAAAUGCAACAUCUUGCCAGGUUGAUCAACUCUGCAAAACCACAGCUUUGUAGUGCCCUCUCGAAGACGCUCGGGUGGGCUUUGGCUGAUGUGGAGUGAUGAUCUGCAACUCACUGUGCAUACCUCUAGUUUCCAUGUUAUCUUAGCUACUGCAGUGCAUAUUUCUAGUAACCAGAAGUUUGGCUUAGUUUGUAUAUAUGGGGAUCCGUAUCAUCGCCAAACUAGGAGUAUUUGGGAGGAAGUAGCUGCUUUUGCUAUUGACAAUGCUAGUUUGCCCUUGCUCUGUAUAGGAGACAUGAAUGACUUGCUGUAUGAUAUGGACAAGUAUUCCACUACUAAUAUAAAUCGUACUCGUAUG